AUGAUCCAAUACAAUAUAGAAACCGAGCAGCCCGACCCUGCAGCCUCGUCCGAGUCAUCACCCAGGAAGACAGGCAAGCCAUCAAAAUCUCCCAGCGCGCUCUUCCAAACGGGCCUGCAAACCCGACGUGCCGUGCUAGGCGACGAGCACGUUGACCGAACGCUCGCAAACAACGCGAGCGCCUUCUCCAGCCCCAUGCAAGAGAUGGUCACCGAGUGGGCCUGGGGGAAUAUCUGGAACCGACCGGGCCUGGACCGCAAGCAGCGCAGCCUCAUGAAUAUCGGGCUGUUGAUGGCGCUGAAUCGCACGCCGGAACUGGCGAUGCAUAUUCGAGGCGCUAUCAACAACGGUCUGAGCGAGGUGGAGAUCCGCGAGGCUAUUUUGCACUCGACGGUGUACUGCGGUGCGCCGGCGGGGAUGGAGGCGACGAGGACGGCGGAGAGGGUGCUGCAGGAGAUGGCGGAGAAGGGGGAGCUUGAGCGGGUGCUAACUUGA